GGGAGAGCGGGAUAUAGUGAAUGAAGGGUCCGGGGAGAGCGGAUAUAGGGUCCGGGGAGAGCGGAGUGAGCGGGUCUAUAGUGAAUGCAGGGUCCGGGGAGAGCGGAUAUAGGGUGAAUGCGGGGGGGGAGAGCGGAUAUAGUGCAAUGCAGGGUCCGGGGAGAGCGGAUAUAGUGAAUGCAGGGUCCGGGGAGAGCGGAUAUAGUGAAUGCAGGGUCCGGGGAGAGCGGAUAUAGUGAAUGCAGGGUCCAGGGAGACCGGAUAUAUAGUGAAUGCAGGGUCCGGGGAGAGCCGGAUAUAUAGUGAAUGCAGGGUCCGGGGAGAGCGGAUAUAGUGAAUGCAGGGUCCAGGGAGACCGGGGAGAUAUAGUGAAUGCAGGGUCCGGGGAGACCGGAUAUAGUGAAUGCAGGGUCCAGGGUCAGGGUCCAGGGAGACCGGAUACAGAGGAUGCAGAACCCCUGAUCUCUGUCUGAACAGUGCUGAUUGGCUCAGAAGAAAAAA